CUUGUGCGUGCAAUCACAAAUCACGAACGUGUACGCACGAAGCGGCGGUCCUACAACUCCUACCGACCGACCUACACGAAUCUCCGACCAGAAGCAGACAACAAUCCUACUACGACCUUUUAAUGCCACACCCGAUCCUCGCCAUGGCGCCUUGAAACUCCACCACCAAAUUGCGACGGCUUGCAGUCUGCGUGAGCAAAGGCACAAGCACAGCAUGGCACCUUCCAUUCUGCUCUCAGACGCCAUCUCGGACUCGCAUCAAUCGGCUUCUACAUCCAGCUCUUCACCUGCUACAAGCCCAAGCGAGGAUGCCAGAUGGCUUGAAGGACGAUGCAAUGGCCCCCGCAAGCGACGCAUCAAGGUGGCCAUUGUUGGUAGUGGUCUUUCUGGCCUGGUAGCUGCACAUCUCUUGCUCACCAAAACCAGCUCUGACGGCGAUGCUGUUGAUGUGGAGGUGCACAUCUUUGAGAGAUCAGAAAAACUCGGCAUGGACUCGCAGAGCAUCGAUGUGCCCGAGCAAUUCAGAGAUGCGGGUGUGCAGAAUGCGGAAUUGGAGGGCAAGUCAAGGGUGGACACGCCAAUGAGGAGCUUCAAUGCUGGCUAUUACCCGCGCCUGCUUCGGCUGUAUAGGCGCAUAGGCAUCAAGACCAGACCUUCCAAUUUCACAUUCAGCUUCAGCACCCUCUCCAUCGCUGCGUCUGGCCGUCCAGAUCCCUCGCCGCACUUGCUUUACGAAGGCUCUUCAGGUGGUCGAGGCGUCUCACUUCCUUCCAGGCUAUUUAUGACAACGAACGCGCUGGGUCAAGAGUCGCUUCAGAGCGAAGGCAGUACUGGUGGAGCAGCGCUAGUAUCUCGCCACGUGGACAACCUCAAAGCGUACCUCUCCACGCUCAUCACCCUCAUCAUCUCCUACUUGUACUUGCUAAUCGUCGCGCUAUGGCAUCAUCAUCUCGGCAAUACUACCGAUCCAACUCAUCCACUCGCCACCACUCCCCUUCAUGAUUGGUGCGAGCAUCACAAGCUCAGGCGCAGCUUCGUAGACACCAUCUUGAUACCCAUGUUCAGCGCCGUUAUGACUGCCAGAGGUCAGACAGUGAGAGAAGCACCAGCAGCAGAGAUUCUCGCAUAUAUUGCUGCCACCUUUUCGCGCAGUCACUUUACCGUAGCUGCGGGGGUCCGUGCCGUGCAAGAGCGCCUACUGAGCGAGCUGCAGCCUUCUAAUAUACACACCGGCACGAGUGUGCUCGCCGUGCUGCCCGCUUCAUCUCGAAGUGGUGCAGCAAAUUUGCUCGUGCGAGAAGACGACACGGAACAUCUGCACACUAAUUUUGCUCACGUCAUCUUGGCAACGCAAGCAGAUCAAAGUGCUCGUUUCUUGGCUGCCUACAGCGACACUCUCUUAUCCUACCCCGUCACCUCCAAGGGCGAGAGGCUGGCCUGCUCGCUCGAAUCCGAGCGGAUCCGCGUGACUGCCGAGGCGCUGGCUAGGUUCGGAUACGAGCGCAGCGUGGUCAUCAACCACACCGACGCGUCCCUCUUGCCUCCCAACAAGAAGGACUGGCGCGACCUGAACCUCGUCACGCUGCCACAUUCUUCUGCAUCUAGUUCGCAAGCUUCGGAAGCUACAAUGGCCACGCACAUCAUCUGCAAAGCUUCAUCUUCCAGCUCUCGCAAUAACGUCCUGUUGCAAACGACUAACCCACUCGAUUCGUUGUAUCCCGACAAAUCGUGCAUCAUCUCGCAGAGCUCGUUCGACAGAGCGAUCCUGUCCAUUCAUGCCAAGCAGAGCUCUGGAGCGCUUUUCGAAUGGCGGCCUCGCAACAUCUCGGCGACCCUUGCGCUCGAUCGAGCUGACCGUGUGUCCAUAUUUCAGCGUGCGAAAGUCGGUCUGCAAAGGCUCGUCUUGCGCGUCAGAGAUAGAGCAUUGGGUCCAACGUGGGAGAUGCAUGUAGGGCACGCGCAAGGCGGACCGUCGAGCAUUGAAGCUGCUCCCUUUCCAGGCAUCUGGACAUGCGGAUCUUGGAGCACGGGCAUCCCCUUGUUGGAAGGAUGCGUACACAGCUCGGAACUCGUGGUCGAAGCGCUCUUGCGAUCCGAAUCAAAGUCGAAGCCCGAGUCGCGAAAGAACGUCUAGUCAUCUCUUGCUCGUCCCCCAACCUAGAUUGCGAGAGGGACAUUCGCUUCGCCAUUAAUCUUAUUGCCUCGAGUCCUCUUCUGAGCACACUUGGUAUUGCGCCGAGCUAUAGUCAUAUUCAGCACAGGGAAUCAAUCAACAUCGGCGUCCAACUACAAUUAACGAAUCGUGCACUCGUACUCGAAAGUCGUUGCUUUUGGCUUCAUUGGGCUGCUGCUUCGCAAACACCACAUUGCGAUAGGAGGCAUCGUGACCUGCAUCUUGAUGCUUCUGAAGCUGAACACAAAGGUUCAAGUCUGCCUUGCUCUGAUGGGAGAAGUCACAAGUGACUUCGGCGGCAUUGCUGGUGCAAAUCAGAUCUCCCUUGACGCGCAAUCAAGAGACAAAGCACGUGCUGGCGGUAGAAUGAUGCGAUUGGGGCAGAGCUUGCUAUUGUAGGGAAAACAAAAUUUGCUGAUACAAUGCAUAGGACACGC